GACCGAGCCGGAGAGGAGGGAGACUGGAGAACUCCACAUGAAUGUUGUUGUAGCGGAAAAUACCUUUGCUGCACUUUCACACGCUGCAACCUCUGGUUAAAAAAAAACAACAGUUUCCUUUUGCGUCCGACCAGAAGGAAGGGACUACGCAGAGAGGAAUUAAACAGAUUCUUUUUUCUCUCACAAAGGACAAGUUUGUACGUGGAGUUUGGAGGGUAGUUUCGGGUGGGCUGACUGAGCUAGUCUGGCUGCCCGCUGCGCCUCCCUCCUGCCCCCGCCAGCCAGCCAUAGGUUAGCCCGCUGCCAGUCUCUACCUCCAGCUGUUGGUGAACAUGGCGCUAAGAGCCAAGGCGAUAUACGACUUUAACUCUGAAAACCCCGGGGAGGUGUCGGUGAAGGAGAGCGAAAUCCUCACUUUGUACAGCGAACAGGAUAUUGACGGCUGGUAUGAGGGGGUGAACAGCAAAGGGGAGAGGGGUCUGUUCCCCGCGUCUUACGUGGAGAUCCUAAGGAACGACACCGCCUCCACACUCAACAACAACAGCUGCAGCACAUCUGGGGACACUAAGCCAGAUUUACGAUAUGCAAACAUCCCCCCCGGAGGUUUCGAAGGCUCUUUCAAGCCUCAGAAUAAAGUUGACAACUUUUCAAAACCCUCUGCGCCCAGCUUGGCCACUUCAGCCCCCACACAACCACCACAGCAGCAGCACACUUUACAGCAGCCCAGCCAAGGCAGCGAUGAUGACUGGGAUGAUGACUGGGAUGACAGCUCCACUGUUGCAGAUGAGCCUGGGACUAUGGGAGGAAGGUAUCAAGACUUUGACGGCAAUGGGCCAUCCAAAUAUAGAGUGUCAACAUCCUCAAUGUCAAGAGGUAACACGCAGCAAGCUAAGAGCUCUGCCACAGUCAGUAGAAACCUAAACAGGUUUUCAACCUUUGUGAAGUCAGGAGGAGAGGCGUUUGUGCUUGGGGAGGCCUCAGGCUUUGUGAAAGAUGGGGACAAGAUCUGCGUUAUAAUGGGUCAGUAUGGCCCUGAGUGGCAGGAGAACCCUUACCCAUUCGCUUGUUCAAUUGACGACCCCACUAAACAGACUAAGUUCAAGGGCAUGAAGAGCUACAUGUCCUACAAGCUGACACCCACCCACACACAGAACCAGGUCAACAGGAGGUAUAAGCACUUUGACUGGCUGUACGCCCGGCUGGUGGAGAAGUUUCCUGUCAUUUCAGUGCCACACAUCCCAGAGAAGCAGGCCACAGGGCGCUUUGAGGAGGACUUCAUCUCCAAGAGGAGGAAAGGCCUCAUAUGGUGGAUGAACCACAUGACCAGCCACCCUGUCCUGGCCAGGUGUGAUGUUUUCCAGCACUUCCUUACCUGCAACAGCACAGACGAGAAGGCCUGGAAGCAGGGGAAGAGGAAGGCAGAGAAGGACGAGAUGGUUGGAGCCAACUUUUUCCUCACCAUCAGCCCCCCUGCCGCUCCGCUGGACUUCCAGGAGGUCGAGAGCAAAAUAGACGGAUUCAAGACUUUCACCAAAAGGAUGGACGACAGCGCCUUUCAGCUCAACGCCACAGCCAACGAGUUUGCCCGCAAGCAGAUCACCGGUUUUAAGAAGGAGUAUCAGAAAGUGGGGCUGUCAUUCAAGGUCCUCAGCCAAGCUUUUGAAAUGGACCAGCAGUCUUACUCUUCAGGGCUCAACCAGGCCAUCUCCUUCACUGGAGACGCAUACGAAGCCAUCGGAGAGUAUUUUGCCGAGCAGCCCGGCAAGGAUCUCGACCCCAUCAUGGAUUUGUUAGCUCUUUACCAAGGACACCUGGCUAACUACCCAGACAUCAUCCAUGUCCAGAAAGGAGCCCUGACGAAGGUGAAAGAGAGCCAGAAGCAUGUGGAGGAAGGCAAGAUGGAUCGGGUGCAGGCGGAAGGCAUAGACAACCGCUGCAACAUAAUUUCCUGCGCCACGCUGGCCGAGAUCCAGCACUUCCACCAGAUCCGCGUACGCGACUUCAAGGCGCAGAUGCAGCACUACCUGCAGCAGCAGAUCGCCUUCUUCCAAAAAAUCACCGGCACACUGGAGGAGGCUCUGCAGAAAUAUGACAACUCAUAAAUGAUGGCAUCCUGUCACUUUAGACCUCGGUGAUCAAUGACACGGCAGCUCCUUCAGCCAGCCAGCGCAGUUUUACAGUAACACAUACUGGGGAAUGCUGUUCAACCAGCAGGGAGGGACAUUCAAGAUGAUGACGCUCCAGUGAUGAUAACAUUUCAACGAACAUCUAGGGUUCAGUGGGAGUUGGCCACACUUUAGGGCACCUGGAUGCUCUUGUGUUAGAAGUAAUUUAAUGAAGAAUAGCCAACUUGUUACAGUCAUAGGUUGAAGGAGAUGCAAUGGUAGUGAUGGUGCAACAAUGGUCAGUAUGGAAACCGUGUAUCUGCUGCUGCGUACACACCCAGUGCAGGGUAUCACACAUCAAGUGUUUUUCGCCUUACAACACUGUUUUUCAACAGACUGUUAAUGAGUGACUGCCGCUGCAGGAGCGGCUGACACCUUGCCUUCUGGUAACACUCCAGCCCUUCCUGGUAGCUCUCUAUUCCCGGACGACAUGAACAAAAUGUUUAUGGUCUCCCAGUUGAGCCGCCACUGUCUCGCUGUGCCUUCUGAUUACGUCACUCCGGUCCUUUUUGUUACUAAAAAGCUUUAUAUACUGUAUAUGUAGAAAUAUAUUCUAUCCGUGUUUACAAAGCUACACGUUUUGCAGUCUUUGAAAAAAAAAAGAUCACUGUGUUCUUUGAAAGAUGGGCAGUGUCUUUCAUGGGAGAUAAUAAUGUUCGAUUGUGGGGUCCCCCCCCCCCAACAGUGGCCCCUGGAGUGAUUUAUAACAAUCACAGUGCAACAAAAUCAGGAUCAAGAGAGGUUAACCUGCUUUGACUUUAGGAACCCAUGCCCUACACGGGGUAGGGCCAGCACCGCAGUAUUUAAGGGAUAAGGACAAUGGACACACGUCAUGCCGGAUAUCUGAUUCUGUGUCGACAAAAAGUAGUUUUUCAGGGUUCGUUUUUGGUCUAACGCUGAGACUGUUUGAGGGUAGAGGGUUCCUCACCUUUUUAAAACACACACUUAAAGACAGAUCAUCUGCCGCUUUUAACCAUUAUGAUGUUGGUUGCAUCAUGAAGAGAUUAUCAUAGAAGCAGAGAUGCAAAAUAAAUUCCUCCUUCACAGAAAGCUGUUUGUUGGUCCUGUGUUUUGUCCAGAUUUUCAAAUGUAUAACAGCUGAUAAUAAUUUUCCUUUUCACGGUCCAUCAACCCAUGUAAUGCAGCCACUGUCCCAUCCUGUAAUGGCAGAAGCCCAAAAGAAAGGACCGUGUGGCUCUGCAGGUUUCCUUGGCUACAUCCCUGGAGGACUGGUGUGCUGUAUCAGUGUUUCAUGCUAAGCUCGGCUCGCAGAUCUGCUGACACUGCAAAGCCCGGCCAGGCAUCUGGGACAUCUGGCCUCUGUUAAAAGUGCCGGAUUGAAUAACAGUGAACACGUAGACAAUGAAAAAAGUCAACUAAACAUUUUUGCCGUCAUCUCCACCACCUAUAUAAAAGAUAACCAACAUGCAGAACAAAGCUAUGGAGAUAACAUGUUCACAUAAGAAACAAAACAAAUGUCCCUUUGCACCCCAACAGUUAUCUCCAAUCCUUUUGAGGAGAAUCCACUAUACAGCAGUUAGUUUUUUGCCCGAUGAGAAUCCAAUUUGACAGAUGUGAUGUGGAGCAAAAGAUAACAAAGAGACACAGCUUGUUUCACCACUGGAUCUUAAAAGGCAGCCACCCAGUUCUGUAAAUAUGUUUCUAUGUUAAUAUGUUUCUACGUGAAUAUGUUCCCUCCAGCAGAUUAUCCAUCAGGACAAAAAACAAGGCAUUGCACAUCAUUAGAAAUUAAAAGACUAAAAAUAAACAAUUCUAAAAUAUAAACAUCUCAAAAUACAAAUACAAAUAAACCGACAUUAGAGAGUAGAACAUAUACAGACGACUGAAGAUAAAUAAUCUAUCUGACAAAUGAAACACUAUUGAAGGGCCAAUUUUCUGUUAACACAAUACAAAGCAGGAUAUUAUUUACAUUAAGUGUGUAAGGAAAGCUAUAUUUAAUGAAAUCUAAAUGUAAAAUGUAGUGUGAAGUUAUGAGUCCAGUUAAAAGAAAAGAAACUAUGGAGCAGUGAGUUCUUCUAAGUUGAUCUUCUCACCAACUGUACAAAAUGUUUUGUCAUGCCACCUAUCUAAACGUUUCCCGAAUUCAGUGUAUAAGAGAGAACUUUGACCUGCUAGUUGUGCUCCUAACAUCAGGGGAUCACCAAAGUCAUCAUAGUUCCUCUUAUUGGCUCUAUGAAUACAUUUACCAAAUUCCAUGGCAAUGACGUUGAAGGAGAAUUCUCAGAAUCUCCAAGUUUCAUCCUCUUAUCCAUCACACACGUCUUUUAAAAAUGAAUAGCGAUGGCCAAGGCCGACAUUGCCAUCUGUAGAGCUUCACCACUAGCAUGGCUAAUAAUAUCCUGUCAUGUGGGAACUAGGUCCGCUUGGAAACUCUUACCAUAUCUUUUUUGUUUCCUCUAUUUUGUAAUGUUAUGUUCAGGUUUUCAUUUUCUACAUUAACUCAGCAAUAUGCACACAGCCUGUCGUUACCUCAUCCCUCAGGCCUUCUGUCAAUUCUGCCAACGCCCAGGGAAAUGGGUGCUCCUGUUUUUACAUUCUCCCUGGCUAUGAGCCCUGGCUGAUCUGAAUAAGUAAUACUGAUAAAUGUUAGGCAUACACACUUCAGAAUUAUUUUUUAGAAAACAACCAAUAUAUACGCAUAAGAUAAGAGCAAUGGUGUUUUGGGCUUAAUUAGGUAUUGUUUUAACAUCAUGCAAAUCACUGCAGACUGCACUUUUUUUAAGUGAGGUCAUUUUCUUUUUUGCAGGGCUGUUAUUCUAAGGAAAGCAGGGGCUUCUUACUCACCACAGUCUAGCAUGCAGGAAACAACAGCUCCUGAUUCAGACUUGGAUUUUUCUCGAGACAGAGCUGUGUCAGCAGCUGAAAACAUUCCAAACACAAACGUCAAGUGUGUGAAACCACAAAAGCAGCGGCGGGCUAACCUUCCAAAGGCAGCGGGGGAUCAUGAUAAUAACAAAGCAUUACAUCGUUUAAUGGCCAAAGGCUGAAACCAUGGAAGGGAUUUUCCAGAGUUUGUUAUUGAAGCAGUAGUAGCAUUUCAGCUUCACAUGUCCUCAAUAAGUGCUCAUCACUUCUCCAAUCAGACUUGUUUUUUGGACUUGAAGUGGCUUUGAGGAAUUCACAGAAUGUAACCCUGAAACAUCCUGUACUUUUGUCUUAACUCUGGUGACAACUCAAAUUUGGAAAAAUCUGGAUUAACCCAUUAACAGUUGAUGAUAUACUGCUCUCACAUAAGAAAACAUCCAAACUGUUUACACCUCCAUCAUACAGUAGCUUCAAAGUAGUUUAAAAAAAUGUUUGUCCUCUUUAAUUUUCAUCUUUUACAAGAUUUAGAAAGUAUUCUUUUAACCAGUUUCAAUAGCCUGCCUGUUGAGAGUUGAGGGUUUCCUGUCUAAUGAGCUGGCACUGACGCCACAUUUAACCACACUGCUUUCAUAAGGACAGUAUCAGUGUCUCGGGAUCCAUCUCUAGAUAACACCUCAUUCCUGUUGCACCUUCGCUGUGCAACACUCCGGUCUGAUGAAAAAAUCCCGUUCACAUCCCGUAACAAACAGCUCAUCGCCUCCCUCUCUAGAACAUUUGCACUCCCAUAACAUCAUUUCACACUUAACCUUAUUGACCCUGACUUCCCCUCGUUGCUUCAGCUGAUUAAAGCAUUCCAAAUGCCCCCAUUAUAAUGCCAGGAAAUCCCUGAGGCAAGAUGUCAUCCUUCAUAUUUCUUGUUUUCAUAUGAGUCAUAGAAUUGUAUUGAAAUAGGAAGUGCAAAACCAACACAGCAUUUCUGAUGAAAGGAAGUGGGUUGUUUUAGAUUGCGGUGCCAUAUUUCAUGUCAUGGAGCUACUAUGUGUUAGGGAAUAUUUUGUGUAAACUUGUAAAUCUUUAGCUCAUUUGCAUCUCUUCCCUCUGUCCUCCUUCGACCUGGCUCUACGGCCUUGCAGGUGCUGUUAUCUUCAUUAAGGAGGGGCAGCCUGGGCUUACGAAGCCUUGUUGUUCCCACAGUGGGCACAAGCUCAUGCUGACCUAAGAUUGGCUUUAUUGUUUAGGGACGGCGAGCUCCAGUUUAUCUGGCCCACUAUGCUCCGGCAAACACCUUAUUUGUGACCUAGAUGACAGUUUAAGUUAAACAUACUGUAUUGUCCAAGCUUGUUUAGUCUGCUGCUCUGAGAAUGUUAAUUAUCCAUUUGGAACUAGUUAAAACCUCUUUCUAUCUCUGAGAUCUUCAGAAUUGGUUUGGCAACCGCUGUGGCAACUCGUGUCUACAGUAAAUGUCUUGUCAAUUCUCCAGCCGUAACUCCGAAUAAACCCAACAGUGUUUUGCCAUCAA